UUUAUGGAGCUUCAACUAACCCGAAUAUUUUCUUCAAAGCUUAUUUACGACGUUUCUCAUUGUCUAUGCUGUAGAUACGCAUCCCGAGCGAUACAUACGGUGUAAAGCUUUUAGUGACAAAUGUAUAGUAAAAAUGAAGGAAAACGCCGUACUUAAGUGGCAAAAAGUGUACAAUCCUACCGGCCCUCAGCCACGACCCCGCCAUGGUCACCGCGCGGUCGCCAUAAAAGAUUUGAUGAUAGUUUUCGGCGGCGGAAACGAAGGUAUAGUUCACGAGCUGCACGUCUUCAACACCACCACAAACCAAUGGUUCGUUCCCGUCACGAAAGGCGAAGUGCCUCCAGGAUGCGCCGCUUACGGUUUUGUUGUCGAUGGAACGCGACUUCUCGUUUUUGGCGGCAUGGUGGAAUACGGCAAGUACUCUAACGAUUUGUACGAACUUCAGGCCUCCCGAUGGGAAUGGAAGAGGUUGAAGCCGUUGCCGCCUAAGCAGGGGCUCCCGCCUUGUCCACGACUAGGUCAUAGCUUCACCUUACUCAAUGGGAAAGUGUAUCUGUUUGGAGGGCUGGCGAACGAAAGCGAUGACCCCAAGAACAAUAUACCACGGUAUCUCAACGAUUUAUACACGCUGGAACUAUACCCAAAUUCGUCAAUGACCGUAUGGGACAUUCCGCUCACGUACGGACAGUCUCCACCGCCACGGGAGUCACAUAGCGGUGUCGCGUAUACAGACAGAAACACAGGCAAAUCAUCACUUAUAAUCUACGGAGGAAUGAGCGGGUCGCGCCUCGGAGACCUAUGGGUGCUCGACGUGGACAGCAUGUCGUGGUCUCGGCCCGAAGUCGGCGGUCCCUCGCCCCUGCCGAGGUCUCUGCACACUGCCACAGUCAUCGGUCACCACAUGUACGUGUAUGGCGGCUGGGUGCCACUAGUCCCCGACGAAUCUAAACUUGCCACACAUGAAAAGGAGUGGAAAUGCACAAACACUCUUGCCUCACUAAACCUAGAAUCCAUGACUUGGGACAACAUAGCCCUGGACAAAUUUGAUGAGUGUGUUCCGCGGGCCAGGGCUGGGCACAGUGCCGUGGCCAUACAAACCAGACUAUAUAUUUGGUCCGGUAGAGAUGGGUAUAGGAAAACUUGGAACAACCAGAUUUGCUGCAAAGAUCUGUGGUACUUGGAAGUGGGAGUGCCACCUCAAGCUGGUCGUGUAGCACUUGUCCGUGCUGGCACCACAUCUUUAGAACUGUGCUGGCCUGCACUCAACACUGUAACUACUUAUCUAUUACAAGUACAGAAAUGUGGUAAAGUAACCCCAACUCGCUUCCCAGCUGCAGCAGAGCCUGUGACCGCGCCGCCACCCUCCUCACCGGCGGCCUCGCAGCCCGACGCCGCAAAAGCCUUUGGUCUCACGUCUCCUGUCUCAACUCCGAUACCUAUAACGCCUACAGAGCUGCCGGUGCGUCCUAUCGCAGCCGCCGCUUCACCUAUUACUCACCCAAUAGUUUCCACUCCUCAGAAAAUCACUUCGGGUGCAAUCAAAUUGACUUCACAGCCAGCUACAGUCAAAAUAUCUCCUGGCACGCAGACGCCUAAGCAGCCGACCUACCAGACUAAGACAGUGGUUAAGUCACCAGCGACGGCGGGGUCUUCGCAGCAGAUCAAGGUGGCAGCAGUCACACCUCAGAGCGUCACCAGGAUCGUCAGCGGCGUGGGCACUCCGGGCACCGUGCGCGUCUCCACUGCGCAAUCUAACGCGCAAAUAGUACUUGGGGCGGGAGGGGCCGCUGGCACACCUCGCUUCGUGCAGGUAAAAACUGGCGCUAGCGGUAGUCCUGUACCUGUCAAACUGGGACCCAGUAACGUUCCUGUGAAACUAGCCGGCAACGCAGUACCGUUGAAGAUAGGCACCGCCAACAUUCAAGGCAAAAUUACCGCCAACAGCAUACAGAAGGUGGCCACCAGCAAUAUGCCCUUGAAACUAGGUGCAGGCAAUGUGAAGAUCGGUACCAGCAAUGUGCUUGUGAAGACAGCGGGUGGCAUGCCCAUUCAGGCAGGAGUGGCCAAUCUACAGAGUAAAGUGGCAGCGGGCGUGCCAGUCAAACUUGGCGCAGGCAACCUGCCAGUCAUAGCAAGCAGCGGCGGCGCCAUCCAGAUAGCAGGUGGUGCGCUCGGCGGGCAGCAGAUGAAGACGCCUGUCUACAAGAUUCUGACGGCGAAGUCAGGCGAACAGACGGCGACUGUGGCGACGACGACCGGUGCGAUGUCAGGGGCCACGGUGCUUCGACAGGCGGGUGGUAACGCGGGCAUUCCGGUCAUCAUCAAGAAGACUCCCGGCGCCACUGCUCAAGCGAGUACUGCACCGCAAUACGUGACGCUGGUGAAGACCUCCACAGGCAUGACUGUAGCCACCAUGCCCAAGGUGGCGAUGGUAAACCGACCAGCGGCUCCCACGUCCGUCACAGCGCAAGCGCAGGGCAUCGCGUCAGGUGCUACUAUCGUGAAACUGGUAUCUGCCAACACUGUGGGUGGUAACAAGAUCAUCACUCUGCCUUCAAACAUGAUACAACUGGGCAAGUCGAGCGUCGGCGGAAAACAAACCAUCGUGAUCACCAAAUCGGCAGGCCAGUCGGCGCAGUCGAACCAGCAGCAGUGAAGGAACUAUUUGAUAUCUCAGAGUGCCCUUAGCUAGCCGUCAGACGGAUGCAGUGUGUGACAAGCGGAGAGUGUACAGGUUGACUCUGCAACGGUACAUUCUGAUUGUAAAUUUUAACAAACGCUGGGUGUGCUCAGACUAUAGAAUAUUAUAAAUCAUAGUUUAUGAGUUUUGUAUGUUAUAUGAGUCUGUAGAGAAAGUCCUCAUAGAGUUUUUACUAAAAGAAUAUUUUAUUUACUCUUAUAAAUUAAUAUAAUUAUUAUUGGUGAUGUGAGAGGUCACCGGAGCCAUGAAGCCUGCUUGUGAUCUGUCCUAACAUAAUUAAAUGUUGGUGUUGUGGAUGUUCAGUCGCUGAAAAGUUUUAAUGGUUUGUGUCUCGGAAAUGACACCACAUGAAAAGUGCCUCUUGUGCAGAAUGGUUGUUGUGGACUGGAUGUGACAUCUCUGUUUUACAAUUAGUACACUACAUGCUUGACACAUGGAUUUAUUUUAAUCAUAAGCUUGUAUGUUAUAUUUCUGUAUUAUGUAGUUUUUUUUUACUGUAAUUAUGUUAUUAUUUUGUGACAACAUGUAGUAGAAUCUUAUUCUACAGACUGCACAUUCGUGCAUGUCAUUUUAUAUUAUAAAUUGGAGACAUUAAAAGAUUUUUGUUAAAACUGUCUUCCGCUUAAGUUUUUACAAAAUCCUAAAACUUGACUUAGUUUCUUUGUAAUAUCUUAAAAUAGUUGUUAAUAACUUUGAAUAAUAAAAGAAAUAAUUUGGCUCUGAUUUUGGUGGCUGCAAAAUUAUCAUUUUACUAAAAACAAUUCACUAAGUGGAUCUUGCGGCUAUUAGAAACACAGUAAAGUUGUUAACAUGAUACCUAAUAUAGCAUAAUAUAAACUGUCAUUGUGUAAUAUUGUUUGUGGUAUUCUGUAGUGGAGUCAGCGCCAUGUCUUUGAGACACCUGAACAUAGACUGAGGCUAUUAUACAGUAUUAAGAUGUGGAGCUGAUUCAAUCGUGUGGAGUAGCUGUACCAUGGAGUACCACACACAAGUUAUAUGUGCUUAGUGCCUGUUAAACAUUGUCUGUUCUCGUUGAGUUUGUUUGACACUGGCGCUGGUUAAUCGCAAAGAAAACUGACAAAAACUAUAUUGAUUUUAUCAAUACUUUGUUAUUUAAGAUUUACGAAUGACAUAAAAAUGCAGAAUAUAAUUUGUUGGCGGGAAAAGUGUAACCGCACGGGGCCUGUGUCCACCUGAGUGUUGUCAAUUUUUUAUUUUUACAUAUUGUGUAUACAAUGGAGUGCAUUCAUGUGGAGAAAUUUUAUUCUGCAUUUCUAUACUUAGCAUAAGCGUCCUAGAUGUACGUACCUAGGUUAAUCAAUAAUAUAAGUUAAGCGAGGUAUGGAUUGUAAAUAUCAUUAAGUAGAUAAAUUUAAUGUUAUAGUUUGUUCAUAUUAUGUUCAUUUGCUUGAAUAAACGAUUUGGAUAA